CGAAGAGGGAUUUCAAUCGUCCAAAUUGCAGACGCAAGACUACUUCUGAAUCUCUAACCCCUCCCAAUUGCAGACGUUCAUGGCGAUGGCGGUUACCUCAACCCUAAUUCUGAGUUAUACGCCUCUUUCUUUCACUCCUCAAUCUCAAUCACUUUCAUCCUACCGAAACCGAACCAGAAUCAAGAAAACUGGAGCUAACAAAUCAUCAAUCGCCGCUGUAAAUCAAUCAAAUAAUGCUCAAAAGGAAGAUAUCGUCAUAGUAGGUGCCGGAAUCGCCGGCCUGGCCACUGCGGUUUCACUUCACAGGCUUGGAAUCCGGACGGUGGUGCUAGAACAGACUGAUUCACUUCGAACGAGUGGAACUUCACUUACACUGUUCAAGAAUGGGUGGGGGGUUUUGGAUGCGAUUGGCGUUGGGAGUGAACUUAGAAAUCAAUAUUUAGAACUUCAAGGAAUGGUGGUAAAUUCAAAAGAUGGAAAGGAGCUCAGGUCAUUCAAGUUCAAAGAUGAAGAUCCAAGCCAAGAGGUUCGUGCAGUCGAAAGAAGGAUACUCUUAGAAACUCUUGCAAAUCAAUUGCCACCAAAUACAAUCCGUUUUUCAUCGGGUCUAAAGAACAUCGAAAGAGAUGGAUCUUCGGGCGAGACAUUGUUGGAACUCUCGGAUGGGACAAAAUUGUUAGCACAGGUUGUAAUAGGUUGUGAUGGGAUACGCUCUCGAGUAGCUAAGUGGAUGGGAUUUUCAGAGCCGAGGUAUGUUGGGCAAUGUGCUUUUCGUGGACUUGGAUUCUACCCCAAAGGACAUGAAUUUGAGCCUAAGGUAAAUAACUUCUAUGGACAAGGAAUGCGUGUUGGAAUCGUUCCAGUGUCUCCAACCGCGGUUUAUUGGUUUAUCUGCUUCAACAGCCCAACACUAGGUCCUAAGAUCACCGAUCCCUCAAUACUAAAGCAACAAGCUCGAGAACUCUUGAAAAACUGGCCAUCGGAUAUACUCAACAUCGUCGAUCUCACCUCAGAUGAAACCUUGACCAAAACGCCCUUAGUGGACCGGUGGUUGUGGCCAACUGUUAGCCCUCCAGCUUCUUUGGGAAGAACCGUCUUGGUUGGAGAUGCAUGGCAUCCUAUGACCCCAAAUCUCGGGCAAGGUGCAUGUUGUGCAUUGGAAGAUGCGGUUGUUUUGUCGAAAAAACUUGCUUAUGCUCUCAAAUAUGGAUCCUCGCCCUCAGCCAUUGAAGAGGCUCUGCAAUCCUAUGGAAGUGAGAGGUGGCCACGUAUUUUUCCUUUGUCUGUAAAGUCGAACUUCGUGGGGUCGCUUUUGCAAUGGGAUAAUUCGAUUGUUUGUUCGGUUAGGGAUAAUAUUAUUAUCCCGAAAUUGGUAAGGUUGGGGCCUAUGUUGGAGCAUACAAAUUAUCAAUGUGAGCCUCUACUACCAAAUCUUGUGGAUUCAAAGGUUUAAGGUAAUGUUUAUUUUUAACAAGUGAUAAAAAUGGAUAAUUCAUGUCAAAUUAUCAUUUGAUUAC